UGACCGGACCGCCAUUUUACAUUGCCGAGGUGGGGAUACGGUAACUGGCGUUCUUAUUGAAAGAAAUUUACGAAAGUGGCGUUUUAUUUGAAUAUAUUUUUAAUAAAUUAGUGUAAAUUACAGACAUAAACAUAAAAUUCAGUUACUCGGACCUUUAACAAAAAGUGAUAGUGUUUUGUGAUUUUGGAGUAAAGAAAGCUUGCUGCAUUGGGAAUCUAACAGCGUGGCUCCAUUGGCUUCUCUUUGUUUCUGUACUUUCUGUCAGGGAAAGUGUAAGGAUUUGAAGAUUAGGCUCAAACAAUGAAAAUUCCACAGCGAUCGGUCAAUAUAUCUUCAUGUGCGACAAUGAAGCGCACCCUAAACCGCGAAAGGUAACCGAAGGGUCAAGUCGCGGACGCUGUGGUCAGUAGAAGAACCCAUUCGGAACCCAAAGUGCUAGGUGGUGUGAUUGUGCGCGUGCGUGGCAGUGGCACCAAUUUGUGCAUGUGUGGUUAGUUGCACCCAAUGGACAAGAGAAAAAUGAUGCCCAAAAGGCCUAGGUUUGAGCCACGCGGCCCAAUUUCCAACGGACCCAUGCAGACGAGGCCUCUCGUAGCUUUGUUGGACGGUCGUGAUUGUUCGAUAGAAAUGCCAAUUUUAAAAGACGUGGCCACGGUGGCGUUUUGCGACGCGCAAAGUACCAGCGAAAUACACGAGAAAGUGCUCAACGAGGCGGUGGGCGCGCUCAUGUGGCACACCAUUAUCUUGACUAAGGAGGACUUAGAAAAAUUCAAGACUCUGCGUAUUAUAGUGCGUAUAGGAAGCGGUGUAGAUAAUAUUGAUGUAAAGGCUGCAGGAGAACUGGGUAUAGCGGUGUGCAAUGUGCCGGGAUACGGUGUAGAAGAAGUCGCCGAUACGACGAUGUGUCUCAUAUUAAACCUAUACAGGCGAACAUAUUGGUUGGCUAAUAUGGUGCGGGAAGGAAAAAAAUUCACAGGACCAGAACAGGUUCGAGAAGCGGCGGCGGGCUGUGCCAGGAUACGAGGUGAUACUUUGGGAAUCGUAGGACUAGGAAGAAUCGGCUCAGCGGUCGCACUGAGGGCGAAAGUAUUUGGUUUUAACGUGAUUUUUUAUGACCCGUACCUCCCCGAUGGCAUCGAGAAGAGCUUGGGCUUGACGCGUGUCUAUACCCUUCAAGAUCUCCUCUUCCAAUCAGACUGCGUGUCGCUACACUGUACACUCAACGAACACAAUCACCACCUUAUCAACGAGUUUACUAUUAAACAGAUGAGGCCAGGAGCGUUUUUAGUUAAUACAGCCCGUGGAGGUCUUGUUGACGAUGACGCCCUAGCACAAGCCCUAAAACAAGGUAGAAUAAGAGCUGCAGCCCUAGACGUACACGAAAAUGAGCCAUACAAUGUGUAUACAGGUCCACUAAAAGAAUGUCCGAAUUUACUGUGCACACCUCACGCAGCUUUCUACAGUGAUGCGUCGGCUACAGAACUCAGAGAGAUGGCAGCGUCAGAAAUCAGAAGGGCAAUCAUGGGCAGGAUACCAGAGUGUCUGAGGAAUUGUGUCAACAAAGAAUAUUUUAUGGGACCGGGAGCAUACCCUGAAGGUACAGUUUCGCCAGCUGGAGUAAAUGGUGGUUAUUACCAGGGUGGCGCCCUACCAGUUCAACAGGCACAUUCAACAACACCUCAUGAAGCACCUCACACAGUUACACCAAGUGCGGCAGCGCCACCUACCCCUCAACCAGCGCCACCCGUGGGACCAGUACCAGUACCGCCCCACGCUAUUGUAAGUACUCCCCAUGAGUACUCCAGAUCCAGCGAAUCACCACGCACCCAAACCGGAACCGUCGGAAGUCCACUAACGGUGUCUCAACAACCCAGAUAAGAGUUUCUUGAAGGGCAAAGUACUGCUAGGAAUGUGUGGAAUGCAUGUCGAAUCACAUCAUUUAAAUAAGUUCAUGUUCUUUCAACUCUUUAAGGUAUACAUAUCGUAAAAAAUGAAAAAAUACUUUCUACAUCACAUGCCUUAUGAAUACAAAAAGAAAGAAAACGCAAAAUUAUUACCAACAUGCUUGACUCACUCUGAAAUAUCUUACUCUAAUAUUUUAGUGAUGCUUAGGAUAAUUUUACUGUGACUUUUUUCAACAAUCAAAAUAUGUGUAUAUAAACGUUUUUUAUAUAUUUUUAUCUAAAUGACUUUCUUAUGUAACUUUCAUCUUGGUUUCGUGAUAAGGUGUUCAGGUGGGUCGAGGAUGUACAGAGUGAGAGUCAACUUUGGAAAAUAUCUUCUGUCCAUUACUAAUGGCCGAUUUCACCAAUGACACAUUAUUGUUAUUCAACCAAUAAAACUGACACUUCUAAAUUUCACCAACGUUAAAUAAGACUUAUUUUAAAAAAAGACUAAGUUUUCACUCUAAUGGCAUAUAGCAUAUCCCACCAGAAUGAAAACAAUGGGAACCUUCUCUGGUUACACCUCCGAGGCUUCUACAAUUUGCAAGCCAUACGGAUGCUGAGACUAAGGAAGAUGAGGGAAUUCUACAAUUUACAAUUCACGUCACAUCUGCUCAGCGCGGUAAAGUUCCAACGAGACUGGUUCCCUUCAUACUCCACACAGAGUAAAUGUAAAUCAAAAAUGAAUAACCAUUUUCAAUUUCGUUGCAAAACGAAAAUACAGCCGAACCAUAAUCCAGUCCAAUCAGAGAGUGCUGCAAGCACCUCUACCGGUUUCGAAACUUAUUAGUCUCUAUGAGCAGCAUAUGUGCCUCCUGAUGAGAGACUAAUAAGUUUCGAAACCGGUAGAGGUGCUUGCAGCACUCUCUGAUUGGACUGGAUUAUGGUUCGGCUGUAUUUUCGUUUUGCAACGAAAUUGAAAAUGGUUAUUCAUUUAAGACUUAUUUUAUUUAUUUAUCAAAUAAAUAUUUACUGUUCGAAUAAAUUGACAAAUUAAUAAGCUGUAAAUAUCUAUAAAGAAGUAAAUUCGUUAGUUUAACAUUAAAUUAUCAAAAGAAACACAAUAAAAAUAUAAUCAACUAAUAAAUUUUAUUGGACGAAUAACUAUUCACUGAUUUAUUUGUUGUUGGUGAAACCGGCCCUAAAUCACAGAAACUACACAUCAAUGUAUUUGUUUCAAUUUAACACCUAUUUUGACAGAAAUUGAAUUAAUAUAACCAGUACCAUUUUAAAAAGAUCUGUGUGAAUGGUAUAUCAUUAUCUCAAACUAGCCAAUGUAUUUUUUUAAAACAAAUUUUUAAAAACUAUUGCAAAUAUGUUAAAUUUUAAAAAAUGUAGGGUAAAAUACGGUAUUUUCUUGGUAAUUUUGAUGUUUAUUAUAUUUUUGGAUUCUAGUAAAAUGUAUUACUGUAUGCAAUGAUUGCCAGUUUUUAUUUGGAAUAAAAACAAAACUUUAGAAAAAAAAAUGUUUUUUUUUAGUGCUUCAUGUCAUGAGUCAUAAUAAGGCAGAUUCUUACUUUUUGAAGAAAUAUUAAAAUAAACAUUUAUUUCAUCAUUUCUUGUAUGGUGUUUCACACAUGAAUGUUUCCUUCAGAAAAUUCUUUUUGAUAAUUAAUGUCAUAUAACACAAUGGCCAGCCUUUUUUAUUUAUAAUCUGCCCAAUAUUUCCUUAUAAAAUGGUCAAAUGUCCAGUUAUGUGCCACUUGUAGAAAUACAGUCCACACCCCACCACAACUUACUGACGAAAUCGAGUAUCUCAUACAAAGUUUGAUUCCAAAGCCUCCUUAGACUGAGUUAGGCAGAGUUAUUGCUUUAUUAUUAUUAUAUCAUUCUAUAAUUGUGGAAAGACUUGUCAGAGCAAAUGACUUCCUUAUGUUUUUUUAGGAUUAUUAUCAUUUUUGUCUGAAAAUCUCUGCUUACUGGCUUUCUAAUUGUUUGUGAUUGGUAUAAAUGUUACAAAUGACGUCUUGCAAUAUUAAUUCAAUAUUUCAAUAGGUAUGUUAUCAUAAUAAGUUGUUAUAUUUUUAUCACAAAAUUACCAUCAUCAAGAUACCUAACUUUGCCUUACAUGUUAUAUUAGAGAAGACUUCAUAACAUAUUCAUAAACAAUUUAUAUCAUCAACAAGCUGACAAAAAUACAUAGUAAUAUUUAUAGUAUAGUCGCUUUUUGCUCCGAAUGUGCUUAAGACAUUUUGAAACGAUUAUCUUCUGAUUUUCUGCCAGAAAAUCGAAAACCCACCUCGUCAAUAAUUUUAAGUACAGUUGGAUCGUUGAAAGGGCCUUAUUAAAAAAUUACUUACAGUCGGAAAAAUGAAAGAAUCAUGAACAAUCACAUCAAUCACUUAUUUUGUAUUUGCUGUCUUUUUCUAUAAAUAAAUGUUUGUUAUAGAAAAAGAUAGCAAAUACAAAAUAUCUGAUUGAUGUGAUGGUUCAUGGGUAUAGGGCUUUUCAUUCACACUCAUUUGUUUCGAGCUUCCGUCAUGUGUCACAUAAUAUUAAUAUAUCUACGUCAUACAUCUUUGGUUUGUAUUAUUGGUUAUAUCAAUAACGUAACGUGACACAUGACAGAAGCUCGAAACAAAUGACAAUCAAUGAAAAGCCCUAUUCUUUAAUUUUUCCGACUGUAGCUAUUCAAAGUGAACUUAAAUUGGUGCUACUUUAAAAUGCGGUCUACCUGUCUCUAUCUAUUAUAGUGUGCAAAAUAAGCCAAUUUAUUCCUAACUAAAAUAGUAAAUUGAUACGGCAAAGUAUCAAUUUACAAAAUUUAAACAAUAAUUCUUCUGAUUUAUGCGCCUUAUUCACUUUGUAAAAUUUUUUUUUUGCUGGCACUGUAUACCUACAUGUGUGGUGUUAUAUACCAUAAUCUUUUUAAUCUUUUCUCGGAAGGGUUUUGCACACUAUAAUGAAAAUAUUUACAACGUGAAUAAAACGCAUAAAUCAGAAGAAUUCCCAUUUUAAUUCUAUAAAAAGUAUACUUUGUCAUAUUAAUUUAAAAUUUUCAUUGGGAAUAAGCUACAAAAUUAGUUUAUUUCCAACCUAAACAGUAAACAAAUAUAUCACAAAGGAUUAUUUGUAAAAUUAAAAUAUUAAUUCUUCUUAUUUAUGCGUUUAUAAACGCGACGGUAGGCCCCAUACUAUAGUAGACUUCAAUAUUUUAAAAUCGAUUUCGUAUUUUAAGUUGUUCAAAAUCGUCAAAUGUUCCUAUAAGAUUGUUGACUAUAUGUUUUGUUUACCAGCUAAAUCUUUUUUUAAAAACUAAGUCAUAAUUGAACAUAUAUUCCGUUUUCUUGCGCUUUCUGGAAAAACUAAUUUGUUAGAUAUACUAGAAUAAAAAUUAAUUGGUAGAAAGCUCCUCCAUUAGAUAUUGCUACAAAUGUGCUUAACGCACAUUUUAAGACAAUUUUCCUUAUCAGAGAAACUCACCUCUUCGUAAUCUUCACAAUUGGCUCUUUCUGAACAGUGUUACUAAAAUGAAACAUUUUGGGAUAUCAUUUAAUAGUAUAAUAUAUAGUCUCUUAAGUCCCUUUUACUUUUCAGUGUCGGGACUUUUUUUUCAAUAUAAAAACCAGAAAAAAAAGGUGGGCGGCACAGCUGAUGCACAAGUAAUUAACUGGUGGCAAUGAACGACUAAGAGGAGCCUGAUUAAAAAGUCAAGUCGCAAAAUAUGAGUUUUUAAAAGAGGAAGUUAAUUUUCUGGGAUAUAGUCACACAAGGAGCAAUAAAACCGAAUCCAGCGAGAAUUGAAGCGAUAGAAAAAUAUCCAAUUACGAAAACAGCAAAGGAAAUAAGAGGAUUUCUUGGACUCCUGGGAUAUUAUAUGAAAAUUAAUUUGAGACUUCGCCAAAAUCACAAAACCUCGAACAAAAUGCUUGAAAAAGGAUGCAAAAUCAAACAUAUACACCCGAAUUUGUAGAAUAUACCAUAGUAAUUUGUAAUACAGUUCCCCAAAUCUACACAGAUCUUUUUCAAUAACAAGAUAGGAGAAUAUUUCACUCAAUUUGAAAUAUCGUCUUUCUAAUACCUCGUAACCCCAAAAUCACGAUUGUUCAGGAGACAAGAAAAACUAUUGCUAUUCAUACACUCCGCAAUGGGGAUAUGAGCUAUUAGAAACCCAUUUAAUAAUAUAAGUAAUGAAGUAUGGCUUACAAGGUUUUUUGAACAUGCAAGUUUAGUUUUACAUUAUACAAAUUUGCAAAAAACGCGUUUUCCAAUUUUUGUGAGUUACGAGGUAUUAGAACGACACAGACGAUAUGCUGUCCCCACCUUUUUUUUUUCUCAAUUUUUAUUAAAAAACAAUUUUAUAAAUAAAUCUUUUACCUAUACCAGAUAGUCUAUAGAAAUCAGUACAUUUUAUGUAACAUCACAAAUUAUUCCUAUUUUUGUUUUAGUAUGAUACAGUUAUGGCAUAACUAGACCCAAACCCAAACCCAUACAUCCAAAGUGAAAGUUGUCCUUCAACACCAGAUUGUUCUAUAUUAUCCACAUAUUGUUCAGUAAAAAGUCACACCAUUCUGAGCGUCGGGUUUGAGGGGGAGAUGGGGGAGAAAUCGGUAAAUUAGGAGUUUUUUUACGUUUUUCGUCAAUAUUUCUAAAACUAUGCGGUUUAGCGUGAACAAUGUUCUAUACAAAAAUGUUCUACAUUUAAUUUUAAACAAAAAAGGUUCUAUGCAUAAUCCUUCUAAAAUGAACGGUUCCAAAGUUACGGAGGUAGUAUUGUAUAAUUGGUUCAAAAAAAGGCCUAACCUUGUCAUCCCAAAUUAAAGUUUUCCUCCAACACCAAAUUGUUCUAUAUGGUCCACAUAUUGUUCAGUAAAAAGUCACACCAUUUUGAGCGUCGGGUUGGGUGGGGGAGAUGGGGGAGAAAUCGGUAAAUUAGCAGUUUUUUACGUUUUUCCUCAAUAUCUCUAAACCUAAGUGGUUUAGCGUGAACAAUAUUCUAUACAAAAAUGUUCUACAUUAAAUUUGAAACGAAAAAGUUCCUAUGCAUAAUUUGUUCUGAAAUCAACGGUUUCGGAGUUACGAAUGGUGUAAAGUAUAGGUUUUCCAUAUUUUUUAUAUUGUUUGACUCAAGAAACUGACUUUUUUAACAGGAUUGUGUUUUCUAAAUAUAAUUUGCCAUUUCAUUGACCGGUGGUAUGUUACUGAUAAGCCCUUCAAGGAACGUCAACCUCACCAAGAGGCUUCUACAGGCCUAGGCCAUAUAAAUCUCUGGUGCGGAGAAACCCAAUGUGAACUUUCUAUGGACAAUGUCGCAUGAAUAUCUUUCACAGGCAAAACAUAUAACGAAAAAGUAGAUCUGUGGAGUUUAGGGGUACUGUGUUAUGCCUGACUGGGCGACCACCUUUUGAAUGCGAAUGCGUUUCAAAUUUAAUGUAGAACAUUUUUGUAUAGAAUAUUGUUCGCGCUAAACCGCUUAGGUUUAGAAAUAUUGACGAAAAACAUAAAAACUACUAAUUUGUUGACUUGUCCCCUCCACCUCCCCCCAAACCCGACGCUCAAAAUGGUGUAACUUUUUACUGAACAAUAUAUGGACUAUAUAGAACAAUUUGGUGUUGGAGGAAAACUUUUAUUUUGGAUGACGGGGUUAGGCCGUUUUUUGGACGAAUUAUACUAUACUACCUCCGUAACUUUGUAACUGUUCGUUUUAGAAGGAUUAUGCAUUGGGCAUUUUUUGUUUAAAAUUUAAUGUAGAACAUUUUUGUAUAGAACAUUCUUCACGCUAAACCGCAUAGUUUUAGAAAUAUUGGCGAAAAACGUAAAAAAAAACUCCUAAUUUACAGACUUCUCCCACACCUCCCCCCCAAAACUGACGCUCAAAAUGGUGUGACUUUUUACUGAACAAUAUGUGGACUAUAUAGAACAAUUUGGUGUUAAAGGAUAACUUUCACUUUGGAUGUCUGGGUUUGGGUCUGGUUAUACCAAACUAUUUGUACUUCAAGAUCCAAGGAUGGUUUAGUACAUGGCCUAGUUCGAGCCUCAGUUCUGGUUUCACAACCAACAAUUUCUUAAUAAGACCUCCUGCUUCUGCUGAUACAUAAGGUGGAAUUGUAAAUUGGGCCUUGCUUAUCCUUCUGUACGUAUCGUCAUAACUUUCACAUUCAAAAGGUGGUUGCCCAGUCAGGCAUAACACAGUACCCCGAAACUCCACAGAUCUACUUUUUUGUUAUGUGUUUUGCCUGUUACCAUUUCAGGAGAUAAAUAAUCUAAAGUGCCGCAUAGAGUUGAUCUUAUUGAAGAUGAAGCUGACCAACCAAAAUCUGCUACUUUUAUUUCCCCUUUGGCACCAAGAAGGAGGUUUUCGGGUAAUUUGUUCUAUAUAAGCAGCAGAAUCAGCCUCUGAAAAUCUCUUGUUUGGACUUGCUGAUAAUUUAGAAUAAACAUCUCCAUUAGGGGCAUAUUCAAGAAUUAUAUAAACUCUAGUCUCAUCAUGGAAAUAACGAUACAUUGUUAAAAUAUUAGGAUGCCCCUAAUGGGUCUGAAUUUCAAUUUACCUCCUAACUUGAUGUUCAUUAUUAAGCUCUUUAGGUAAUAGCAGAUUUGAAAAGAACUUGCUACAAAUUUAGAUCUCUUUUCACAAGCUAAGUAAACAUUUCCAUAUCUGCCCUUUCCUAAAGGUUUACCAAUAUCAAAAUUUCUUAAGGUCCAUUUUUCUUUUUCUUGCCUAGCCGCUCCAUCUGAGUUUUGUUUGCCACUAUUUUCUACUUUACCAUCCUUAUCGUGUACAUUUUCUUUCAUAGUUGGUUUUCUGAGCCAUUCUUCGAGUGAACAAUAUAACAAAAAUGUUCUUUGUUUUGUAUAGACAUGACUUUGUUUUUUCAAUGUACAUCUAGUAAGUUGUCGUUCCAUCGUUUUCGUGGCCUUCCCACUGAUCGUCUUCCUAUUGGGAACCGUCUCUCACUGUCCUGACUACCCUAUUUGUUGUCAUUCGGCUUCUGUGGUCAUUCCAUUCUAUUCUUCUGUUUCUUACCCAGUUAUUAAUGUUAUCCACCUUGCAUCUCCGUCGUAUAUCUGUACUUCUAGCACUGUCCCAUAGAGCCUUACCAUCGAUUUUUCGAAGGGUUUUCAUCUCUGCUGUUUCGAGCAAUCUUUUUGUCCUCUCUGUGUCGGGUCGUAUUUCUGCCGCGUAUGUCAUUAUUGGUCUGAUGUCUGUUUUGUACAUUCUGCCUUUCAUUCCUUUUCCGAUAUUUUUAUUUCUCCGUAUUGUGUCAUUCGGGCAACCUGCGGCUCUGUUUGCUCUAUUCACUUGAUCUUCCACUUCUGUUUCGAGCCUUCCGUAGCUAGAUAGUGUGAUGCCUAGGUAUUUAAACUCCAUCACUUGUUCUAUUAUCUGACCUUCCAGCUCCAAUUUACAUCUUAUUGGAUCUGCUGUUAUAACCAUGCAUUUUGUCUUUUGUGGGGAAAUUAACAUGUUAAAUUUUCUGGCGAUUAUGUUGAAUUGGUGCAGCAUAUGUUGUAAAUCAUCUUCACUUUGAGAGAUUAGUAUUGCAUCAUCCGCAUAGCAGGUUAUUUUAAGUUGUUUUUCUCCCUUUUGGUAUCCAUUUUUAGUUCUUACUUUUUUUUAACAAAAAUGUUACUAAUAUAAAUAUCAAAAUAUAGAUAAUCCAUAGAUGAAGACGUAUAUUUUUGUACAAAUUCAAAUCCUAAAAAUGAUCUGUGGAAAUCAAUGGCACUUGAUUGUAACAUUUCCAGAUUGGUUUUUUAUGGCAAAUCAACUUAUUGCCAUUGUUGUUAAAAGAUUCUUUUAAUAUUUGUUAAACAGCUAAAUCUUCUACAUUAAUAUGACACAAUUUCUAAAUUUAGAUAAUUAAUAUUACAUAAUGAACUUAACCCAUUCGCUGCCAAUCAAUCGCCAGCGCGUGAUGUGGUUACUUCAGUCAGGUGCCGUUCACGCGCCGUAGAGUGAUAUGGUUACUGCAGUCAGGUGCUGUUCAACAGAAUGGCUCCUAGCUGACUUCUAGUGUCUUGAUAGGCAGCGAAUGGGUUAAGAAGAACCAAAUACAUUUGAUUUUCUGAAUGUCAUAGAUCUUUUUAUAGAUUAUGCAUAGUGCCCUUUCUGGAUUCCCCAUUUUUGUCUUUUUCUAUGAGUUUUACUCUAUAGGAUCGUAUUAAUUUGGUUUAUAUGUGCCUAGAAUUGUCAUCAAAGUUUGCAACAUCUAUAGUGACUCUCAAAAAUCAUAAAAUUAAUGCCAUUUAAUGUUUGACAUGGGAGAAGAAGCCAAAUUUCUCUGUGAUGUAGUAUUACACAAAACAUUAAAAGUGACUACUGAUCAGUUACAUAUUUAGAGAAAAUGCCAAGUAAUAUAUAUUUUUAUGUUGUUCUGAAGCUAUUUUCUUGUGGCAUUUUUAUAAUCAAGUAUAUUCAAAUGGGAAUUGUGGCUUAUUUCCCAUUUGAAUAUACUUGAAUAUAUUUUUAUUAGACAUAUACUUGCAAAAAAAAUUUUAGCGAAGAAAUUAUAUUCCAAAGCAUUCAAUUGACUCUGCCUGUUAGUUUCAUUACUAUAUUUUCUGAUCUAUUCAUGUUUGGUUUGUCAUUUGUAUAUUUAGAUGUUUUAUCGCCAAGAGAAAUAUUUUUAUGUAUUUUUUCUUGCUUAAUAUUGUAGUGGGAAACCAUCAUUUGGUUUUUUUUUAGUAUUAUCUUAAAAUGCGUUGACUGCAAAAUACUUUGUUGGUAAAGUUUUUUUAUAAAAAAAAAUUAUAAAAUAGGUCUAUGGUAAAUCCGAUCAUUUAAAAAUGCCGAAAAUUUUGUUCUCGAGAUCUUUUAUCUAGAAUGAGUGUUACUUUGUCACGUAUUUGUCAAGGAGAUUUACUGUUGACCCAUUUGGUAUGCUGUAGAUUAAAAAACAUAUUCAGGUAUGUCUAGUGCAGAUCAUAAUGAUCACAUACACUUUUUUAAUUUUUAUUUCUGUGUCUUUAUUACUAAGUGCAUUAUUAUGUUGAGAAGAAAGCUAAAGUGCGGUAUUUUUUACAAGAAUAAUUAUAUAUUUUAAGUUUUAGUUGUCACCGUCAAGGGCUGUAUUCUGAAACUGACUGUUAAGAAAGCAGCAAAAUAAGUGUACACUAAUAGAAGGUUGAAGACUGAAAUAUUUCAGUUGUGUAAAUUAUAAAAAAAAUUUACAAAUGUGUAUAAAAUUGUAACAAAUAUUUAAAUGUUUUAAUUUAAAAAUAAAAAUAUGUAUGAAUUUAACUUUACAAAAGGAAUAAAAAUCGUAUUUACUGUCUAACAUUUAAUAAAACACUGUGAUAAGUGAAUACCCCAUUUAAUAUUUUCAAUUCCGCCAACACGGCUCCCGUGUUCACACUGUUAGAAGGGUACUGCCCUGUAACGUUUCAGCAUAGGAUUUUGUGUUCCUACUGUGUAGGUGCAUGUGGCCUGACAACGACUAUGGUAUUUUCAAGGGACAAAUAAACGUGACAUCUGUUCCAUUCAAACGCUUCUUCUAGGAGAGUAUAUAUUCUUUGCGCUGUUAUCAAUCGGGUGCCACCGACUCGGCUACCGUGUUUACAUUUCAACAAUUUUCCAAUAACUGUACAAAUGGGCACAUGAGACAAAUAUCUGAUAUUGUCCCGGCGCGGAGGCCGGAGCUGAAAGUGUUAAUGGCUACAUUUUUGUGUUAUCUUGAAUAUCUCAUAGUAGUUCUUUUCUACACAAUUUCAUUUCCACUGUAAUUAUUAAUCCAAUGUAGUGGCGGUUUAUAUUCUGCAUAUACCUUACACCCGGUGAUAAUUGUUGAUGAUCUCUUCUUAUUGGGGUACUCUAUCCAUUACAUGCAUAGGAAAUCGUCAAUGCCAUAUGGAUUUUCUUGUUAAACUGUGAAAUAUUUUAUUUGAUAUUGUUCCAAAUUACUUAAGUGAAUUCACAAGUCAGAUUAUUCUUCAUCCCGGAUUCCUGUCAAUAUUUCCAAUAAUGCAGAUUUUUUUAGUUUUUCACAGUCUGCCUGAGUUAUUCCAGACAAAAGAUAAUGGACAAAAGAUUUUGUCCAGAUUUUGUCAGAACAAGAGGCUAGAUGUUUCUUAAGAUAAAUUGGUAGCUGCUAUAAGUUAGGUUCUUUAUUUUAAGAAAUGAUACCGUUUUGCAUUGAAUGUGCAGCCUAGACCAGAGACCAGUAUAUUUUAAGACUAAUGUAUAAUCUGGUUACUUGCACUUCCUCAUCUAAACCUUUCUCCGUCAAGUUCUCUGCCAGUCCUUCCAUCUUCUUCGUUUUCCUCUACCUCUCCUUCCACCAACCAGCUAACAGCUAUAUCAUUCGUCCCUCAUAGUUUUCUAUAAUAAUCAUGUCUAUUUUUUAGAGUAUGUCGCUAUUUUGUGCUACAUGUUUUGCAAUCACAUCAUGCACCAGUAAUUAAUGAUCUAAUGUCCGACUGGUAUAUUAUUUGACAAAGAAUGACAUGAUUUCAAAGUCAGUUAAAUAUAAUAAAUUUUUUCCUAGGGCGUUGUUUUUCAAAAUAACAACCUAGGGGUUUAAAUAACUAGUUAGAUACUGUCAAGUUGACAAAUAACAACCUAAGUAAAACUGUGGUUACGACUAUUGCUGGUAAAUGUACUUAUUUGAAAACUAAUUAAUUUUUUACAUUUAAAGAAUAUUUUGUCGGAUAUUAGACGUUGAAGGCACCGCGGGUAUUAUGGAUAAUACCCUUGGUACCUUAAUAAUUAUAAUUGAUAGUUUGUCAAUAAACAUAUAAUCGACUGCCUUGCUUGUGAUUCUAACCAUCAGUUAUUACUUGCCCUAUAAAUAAUCCAAUAUAAAAAAAACUAAAAGCACAAAACUUAUAGGGCAUCUGAUUAGAAAACACCAAAAUGUAGUACAACUCCAAAGUAUUGAAAGUUAAACAAAUGUAAAAACACAUUCACUUAACCAGAGGAAUUAUUGGAUACCACCAGCCCAGUUGUCUUAGAAAAUAUUAGUUUUUUGUAAAAUAAAAUUUGUAAUAAGGAAAAAGUCUAUAGAAUUUUUGAAAGCAGUAUGAGAAGAUUCUUACUUUACAUAUUUCCUCUAAUCGAUUUCAUUGGGCAGUGAUUGUACUCAUGUAAAGUAUGAAAAUGUGAAUACUGCUUCACAACAUAAAACGUUUUAGUUUUUAACCCAUUACACCCAUUUAAAACAUAAUGUUUUAAUAUACUAAACAGUAAGUAGUAGGUAAUGUUAAAAAAAAUAUUUUUGCUGCAUUCUCAACAGUUGAUUUUUGUAGUAUUGAACCUGUACAUGUUACAAUACCUAUUGUUUAUUUAGGAAAUGCUGCAAUGUUGUAUGAAUGAUUAAUAGCCCAAAAUGUUUGAGUUAAGACGUUUUUAGACAAAAUAUACUAUAAAUUAUAUGAGAAUAAACUAUAAGCUGAGACAUUGUUGAAAACAACCAGUGAGGAAGGAUGGUGAAUAAAAGUGGACUUAAGAAACAAUUUGAGGUGAAGUGUGCGUACGAAUAAAUUUCAUAUUUGUAGAAUAUUAGUGAUAUUUGUGACUAAUUUCAGUAACAUACAAAAUGCUUAUGAUUUAUUGCGUAUUUUUGUUAAAGGACUAUACACAUAUAUUUUUUUGUUGUUGUUAUUUGCAGUAAUAAAAACUACAUUCCAUACAUUGGUUUAGCAACAAAAACGGGUUGGAUAAGGUUGUGUACCACAAAAUUGACAGGCAGCUUGAACUGAAUUCUCGACAAAAAUGGAAAAUCCCCUGAUAUACGUGUUGUACCAAAUUUUGGUCUUGGAUGAUUGUAUGGAUAUUAAAAAUACGAACAUAUUUUGAAAUAGACAAUGUUCAAAAAGUAUCUAUAAAUUAAUAUAUUCACAGCCAAGAAAAAGUGAGUGAAAUGCACGACUACCAUGUAAUCAUCUUUCCAACGACAUAUUUAUUGAUCGAAGGAUGAUACAUUUAUGGUAGAGGUUUGUUUUUACUUGCGUUUCAGCCAAUUUGUUAACGUCUAAUUGUUUAGGCGCGCUUUUUCUCUACUAUGAGUUGAUUAUGAGCUACAAAAAAAUAUGUUACAAAAAAGUAUUACUUAAAUAACAUUGUUAUAAUAUAUGAUGUAAGUCUACUUUUAUGAACAGUUGCCUGAUAUUUGAAAGCCUCAGUAUUAAAUAUAUGUUAGUCAGUAAUAAUUUGAGGUAUCACAAUAAAGGGCCUAUAGCUGGGUAAGAUGAUAAAAAAUGCCCCCAACUCUAUUCAAAUUCCAUAUAGGCCACUUUUUAGCACAUAAUAUGGAAAAACUCACUUUCUGAAAUUUUUAGCCCCCUAGGUACUCACGUCACCCACCAACAGCCUAAUUAGGCUUUUAUGUUUUUAUUUUUUAUCUCAGCCGCAUCGAGAGCUAGAGAAAAACUUCAAAUAAAAAAGUUAUAGCUUUCAAAAAGUGAAAAUUUUUUUUUAUUUAUUUUUGACGAGAAAUUUGAGUUUUUAAACGGAUUUUAAAAUUGCAAAUGAGUAAAAAAAAACUAAGACACUCGUUCUCACGAAAUAUUUCAUCCUGAUUUUUUUAAAAUUGGUGAAACAUAACUCUUAAAAAUAGAAAUCCGCAUAUUUCCCCUUUUUCCGCAUUUUAGGUAAAAUUUUAUAGAUGUCAUCUCAAAAAAGCUAACACCGCCUCUAGGAUAGGUAAAUAACUGAAAAAUAAUUGGGGUUUGCUUAGUAAAAAAUUUUUGUUGAAGAGAACAAAAUUUUAUACCCUUUUUACGAUUUUGCUGAAACUACUGGCAACAUUGUAAUACAAUUUGGCGGGUUUUAAGAGGUAGUUAUUGUGCAUUUUUUGUACAAAUUAGAAUGUUAUAUUCAUCAUUGGCGCGCAUAGGGGUAAUAGUCUGAACUUUUUAAAAAAAGAAAAAUAGUAUGCCACUGAGAUAUUUCAAAAUAAAAAUCAUUUUUGAAUUCCUCGUUCAAUUUGUGAUAAAAAAUCUAUCUUCCCCUUUUUUCAUGACGCGUCUUUUUCAUGCAAAAAAUAAAAUAUUAACAAAAUAGAAUAAUAAAAACGUAAAAAGCCUAAUUAGGCUCUAGGUGGGUCACUGACCACCUAGGGGGCUAAAAAUUUCAGAAAGUGGUUCUUUACAUGUGCUAAAAAGUGGCCUAUAUAUUUGAAUCGAGUUAAGGGCAUUUUUCAUCAUCUUACCUGGUUAAGCCCUUUGCAAUUACUACCAUUUAUUUUUAUAGUGAAUAUAAGAAAGUAUUUUAAAAUAUGUUUUGAACUGUAACUAACAUUAAGUAAAAAUUGCAAAAAAUAUGAUAACAACUCAAUUAUCUAAGACCAAAAGUGUGAUUUUGUAUAUCCUUUAUAUUUCUAUUUUAUUUAAAUCAAUAAGUUGUGUUUAGUUAUUUCGCUAUUAUACUCAAAUGCAAUGUAAUUGAGUAAAGUUCUUCUACUAUAAAAUACAAUUUAAAUUAGGCAAAAUGUGCUCGAUAUGUUUAUGAAAUUUUCUGUUAUACAGCCUUAUUCAAAGAGAUCUUAGUGGUGUACUAUUUGCUCAGUAUAUUUUUAUAAAAAAAAUUGAAAGGAAAAAAUGAUUUACAAAUUGUAGAAAAUGGUUCACCAACUGCAAAUCUGAUUUGGGAGACGAAAGUACGCAAUAACGUUUUUAUGAACACAAUAGUACAGCAUGUGAAAUGAAAAUUGUAGGGCUAUUGGACUUCCACAAAAUUUUCAAAUAAAUAUCUUGAAACUUA